AUGACAAUCGGCACAUGGAAUGUGCGUACCCUACUUGACCUAACAGACAAUGAAAGGCCCCAUCGACGAACUGCCAUCAUUGCACACGAAUUGAAGAGAUAUGGAAUUGACAUCGCAGCACUAAGUGAGACCCGUCUCUCUGAAGAGGGUUCACUUACAGAAGUAGGGGAAGGCUACACCUUCUUCUGGAAAGGCCUACCAGAAGGAGUACAACGUAAUUAUGGUGUAGCCUUUGCUGUCAAAACAUCAAUGCUGUCAUCAAUUCCACAGAGCCCGAUAGGAGUAAGUGAACGCCUUAUGAGUUGGCGUAUACCAUUAACAAAUAGCCGGUACGCAACUCUGAUUAGUGCUUAUGCUCCCACACUGGAUGCAGAAGAAUCAAAAGAUCGGUUCUACUCACAGCUUCACACCUUAUUUCAAUCAAUUCCCCAUGAUGACAAAAUCAUACUCCUAGGUGAUUUUAAUGCAAGAGUUGGUCGUAAUCACCAGCUUUGGCAGGUGAUCAUGGGACGACAUGGGGUUGGAAAAUGCAAUGAUAAUGGACUACGCCUGCUGACCUUCUGUUCCCAGCAUAGUCUAGUUAUCACUAAUACUUGCUUCCAACUCCGUGAUAUGUUCAAGACAACUUGGAUGCACCCAAGAUCAAAAACAUGGCAUAUCCUAGACUAUGCUAUUGUUAGGCGCAAAGACCUGCGUGAUGUUGUGAUUACCAGAGCCAUGAGAGGGGCUGAUGGAUGGACUGACCAUCGCCUUGUCCGAACUACCAUGAAGCUCUGUAUACGUCCUCCUGCACGGCGCCAACCACCGCUUUCCAGGUUAAAUCUCAACUCCCUAAACGACCCAGUUAAAAGAAACUCUUUUCAAGAAAUUGUAGGAACACGUCUAUCAGAUCCCAAUCAACCUGUCUUUCCUCCAACACAAGAAGGUCUGAACCAGAAUUGGGACCAUGUGAGCAACAUACUUCUCGACUCGGCAACAUCUAUCCUCGGCACCACCAAGAGGAAGCAUAGAGACUGGUUCGACGAGCAAGCACCAGAUAUUCACAACCUACUAGAAGAAAAAAACAAAGCUCACCAAGCAGCUAUUAACAACCCAAAUGCUACAACAAGCGCAACCUUUGCAGAAGCUAGGUCCAAAAGAACUGCAACUUGCCCCAUUAGAAGUGCAGACGGGUCCAAACUCAUCACUGAUAAAAAAGAAAUACUGGACCGCUGGGCCGAGCACUACCAACACCUUCUAAACAGAAGCAACCCCUCUGACCCCACUGUCUUUGAAAAUCUCCCUGAAUUUCCCACAAUUCCAGAAUUGGAUAACAUGCCCACACGCCAAGAAGUGCAUAUGGCAAUAAUCAGCCUAAAAAACAACAAGGCUGCUGGUCCUGAUGGCAUACCUGCUGAAAUCCUGAAGCAUGGAGGAAAUGCCAUCCUAGACUCUCUGCAUGACAUCUUCCAGAAAGUCUGGGCCUCCAGUUGCUGUCCACAAAAAUGGAAAGAUGCAGACAUCGUGAGCAUCUUCAAAAAGAAAGGAGACAGGGCUGUGUGCGGAAAUAGCAGAGCAUCUCCCUUCUUGCGACCUCGGCUUCUUGCCCAUAUCACUGAGGGAGUCCUGCCGGAAUCGCAGAGUGGCUUCAGAAAAGAACGAAGCACUGUAGACAUGGUGUUUAUUGCUAGGCAACUCCAGGAAAAGGCCAUUGAACAACAGCAAGAUCUCUACAUGGUCUUCGUUGACCUAGCCAAAGCAUUCGACACUGUCAACAGAACUCUGCUCUGGGAAAUACUAAGAAAAUUUGGCUGCCCCCCCCACUUUCCUGGCAGUACUUAA